AUGGUGGUUCCAGAGUCGGAAGCCGUACCCCAUGUCGAGAUGGAGUCGACAGCGCAGCUAGCGGAGGAGCAUUUGAAGACACACUCAUUGUUGGGAAGGCAAUCUUCCAUCUACUCUCUCACCCUUGACGAAUUUCAGAAUACGCUCUGCGAGAAUGGUAAGAACUUCGGGUCGAUGAACAUGGACGAGUUCCUCAACAACAUAUGGACUGCGGAAGAGAACCAAGCCAUCCAUUCUAGCAAUGAUCCUUCUCAAUCCAACCAAGACCAACAACGGCAAAGUGAGGAGAAGAACCUAAACAGACAACGCAGCUUACCUCGCCAAGGCUCUCUCACACUUCCAGCCCCUCUCUGCAGGAAAACUGUUGAGGAGGUUUGGGCCGAAAUUCGGAGAGAGCAAGAAGAGGACGAGCAGCAGGAGCAGCCCAAUAAUGAAGAAGGAAGCCAUGCUACUACUGAUACUGCCCAUCGCCAACCCACCUUUGGAGAGAUGACUCUCGAAGAUUUCUUGGUAAAAGCAGGGGUAGUAAGGGGAGCAUGCGCGCCCUCUGCUGCUGCUCAGCUCCAUACACAGACAAUACCAGCACCAUUACCCGCUACGGUACCUGCGCCACAACAGUAUGGUCUGUAUCAGAAUACUAAUAACCCAUCCUUGGAACCCAACAGUUUCAGGAUAGGACCGGUGAUGGGCCUUGGAUUCUCCGACCACCACGGUAGUACCGGAAAUUCCAUGCCAGGUGGUGGUGGUGUUCCUUCGAGCUACCAAGCAUUUCCACAUAGUGGUGGGGCUUUGGGGGAGACAUCGAAUUAUGCAGGGAAUGUUAAGAGAAAUGGCGUUUAUCCACCGACAGUGGAGUGUUUUGGAGGGAGAGCGGGAAAUGGCGGUGGUUCGUUCGGAGCAGCGGUGGUGCAGGCGAUAUCACCGGCUAGCCCAGGGUCGUCGGACGGGAUGUGCGGAGGACAAGUGGAGAGCCAGGGGGCAUUGGGGAGUCGGUACGGUACAACUACAGAGAUGGGAGGCAUGAGGGGUAGGAAGAGGGUGAUUGACUGUCCGGUGGAGAAGGUGGUGGAGAGGAGACAACGUAGGAUGAUCAAGAACAGAGAGUCCGCCGCCAGAUCCCGUGCCAGGAAACAGGCAUAUACAGUCGAGCUGGAAGCAGAGCUGAACCAACUCAAGGAGGAGAAUGCUCGCCUCAAGCGAGUUCUGGCAGAAGCUGAGAAGAAGAGGAGGCAAGAGAUGAAGGAUGAGAUGAAGGAUAAGCCUCCAACGAAGGCGCAAAAAGCAGCGGAGAAGUUGAGGUUGAUGAGGCGAAGCGUAAGCUUUCCUAAUGGACUCUGGAAAGAGCACAUGCAGCUGCUGGGAAUUUAGCAUAUGAUUAUAUUCCUUUG